AUGUCGGUCAUAAACCAGCUCGCGGUCUUGGCGGCGUAUCCUGCCGCCAUCUGGAGUUUUGUCGUCCUUGUCGUGCAGGGCCUCGGCGCCUUUCAAAUCUUCCGUAACUACUCUAGACCUCCUCCGAAGCCAGUGUCGCCCACACUGCCCAGAGAAAAGAUCCCUCAUGUCACCAUAAUACGGCCCGUGAGCGGGCUUGACCCCCAGCUCUACGAAUGCCUCGUGUCGACUUUCAGACAGUCCUACCCCAAGGACAAGCUCACAAUCUACUUCUGCAUCGAAUCCGAGGACGAUCCCGCGUACCCAGUGCUCGAGAAGGCGGUCGAUGACUCCCCCGACUUCGACGCGCGCAUCUUCGUCCAAGAAUACGACCCCCUGUUGUCCGGCUUGGAAGGCCACGCAGAGAACCUGGGACCAAACCCCAAGGUCAGAAACAUAAGUCGCGCAUAUAGAGAGGCCAAGGGCGACAUAAUAUGGAUCAUCGACUGCAAUGUCUGGGUCGGGAACGGCGUGGCAGGCCGCAUGGUUGACAAGCUGAUGGGAUAUUUGCCAGAAGGCAAGACCACAACACCAUACAAGUUCGUCCACCUGCUCCCGCUCGUCGUGGACAUCGCCUCCAGGUCCGGGGGCGAGUCCCAGCAGAUGCUCUCGUCAGCCUCGGAGUCAUCCCCCACCGCAUCCGCCGAAGCACACGCAGCGCAGAGCACCCUCUCGUACGUGAAGAACCAGGGCGGCGGCCGCCUCGAGGAGAUGUUCAUGGCGACCACGCACGCCAAGUUCUACGGCGCGAUCAACACCGUCGGCGUCGCGCCCUGCAUCGUCGGCAAGAGCAACAUGUUCCGCAAGUCGCACCUCGACCGGUACACGGACCCGGGCGAGAACGCCAACCUCAAGCCCGCCGACGCCGACCGCGGCCGCGGCAUCGACUUCUUCUCGUCCUACAUCUGCGAGGACCACCUCAUCGGCGACCUGCUGUGGAAGGCCGACAUCCCGGGCUUCCGCCGCCACGGGCUCGUGUCUGGCGACCUCGCCAUCCAGCCCAUGGCCGGCAUGUCUGUCCGCGCGUAUUGGGCGCGCCGGGUGCGCUGGCUGCGGGUGCGCAAGUGGACGGUCUUGGCUGCGACGCUGGUUGAGCCCGGCGUCGAGUCGCUACUGUGCUCUUUGUAUCUCUCGUUCGCGCUGACUACGAUACCGUGGUUCCGCCAGCACUGGGGCAUCCCCCAGACGUGGGGCGCGAUGGCCGCGAUCUGGGUUACUGGCGUCAGCCUUUGGAUGUCACUGGACCGCGUCGUAUAUCGCAGGCUACACGCGUGUCAGAGCGUCGAAGCCGAUGACAACACGCCAGCGUUUGCCCGAGGAACAAGCCGACCAGGCGGCGUGCAACUCAAGCCGUUCUCAGAAUGGCUACCGGCUUGGGCUGGCAGGGAGACGCUUGCCUUGCCCAUCUGGACCUGGGCUGUUCUGCUUGGAAGGACGGUUCGGUGGAGAGGCAAGGACUUCAUUGUCCACCACGACAUGAGCGUCGAGGCUGUGAAGAGCAACCCGAAAACGCAGAGCCAGGCCCAUGCCACGCCAUUUACAAAGCCUGCUGAAAAUGGACUGAAGAGGACAACACUCCCUGAGACGAAGGAGAACCAGUCGACGGGGCGGGAGAGACCGACCUCGACGCGCCGAAGACUGCGGUCGAACUAUAGCAUCGAGUGA